AAAUUAGUUUGCCAGGUGGUUUUGUCUGAUUUUGCUCACUUACCAACAUGGCUGUUCAUCUCAGAGUUCUUCUCAUCCUCACCGGAUUCACAGGAAUUCACAGCAUAACUACAGUCAGUAAAGUGUCAGCGAAGGCUGGAAGCUCAAUUUCUAUCCCAUGUCUUUAUGACUCAAAGUACAUAAACCAUGUGAAAUACUUGUGUAAAGGAUAUUAUUGGAGCUCCUGCUCCUAUAUAGUCAAAACAAACCAACAAAAUUCAGGAAGAUUUUCAAUCUCUGACGACAACACCCGAAGAAUCUUCACAGUGACUAUAAAAGAACUGGCAGAUGAGGAUACUCAUUAUUGGUGUGCUGUGGAGAUUAAUGGAGGGGCAGAUGUCAAAGAGUAUUUUCACCUGUCUGUCACCAAAGAUACACCACAUCUCUAUGUGGAUCAUCAGGAGGUUACAAGUUUGAAUGGAGAUAAUAUAAGCAUCAAUUGUUCCUAUAUUAACACUGGAGAAACGAAGUGGUGCAGGCUGGGCAGAUCCUGUGUGACGGGGUGGUCUGGAUCAAUAGAUGGAACAAAUGUGACCAUCAGUGAAGGGGCCCCCAGUGUUUUUACUGUGACUAUGAGUGGACUGAGGACAGAGAGCAGCGGCUGGUAUUGGUGUGCCAAAGGAGACUUACAGAUGCCAGUGCAUGUAACUGUUUCAGAGAGACCUACCACUAUAAGUACUACCACAAUUGGAACAACAAGACGUUUAACCAAUCCUAAUCACAUCCUUGGAGACGGACGGCAGAGUGCUUAUACUCACCUAAAGAGCCUCAUCAUCAGUCUGAGUUUGCUGAUCUCUAUAAUGGUGGCCUUGUUGAUCUGGUUUAUGUUGAGAAGACACAAACAGACCAAAGCAGAAUCAUCAGCCACGACAACGGCUGAAGAGGAAGUAACAUACAGUAUUGUUAAACACAAGACAAAAACUUCAAGCCAGGCUGAAGAGGAGGAAACAUACUGUAAUGUUGGGAACAUGAGAAAAACAUCACCCCAGGUUGAAGCAGAGGAUAAGGAUGUUACAUACAGCACAUUGGCUCAGCACCACCAAAAAAUUCCAUACACCUGGAGUGCUGAUCUUUUCUUUGGAAAUGGGCGACUUACACCGACAAAAUUAGGAAGAAGAAGAUCAGUCUUGCAUUGCACUGGUUCAUGUGGUUUUGUCUGCUCGAUCACCAACAUGGCUGUUCAUCUCAACUUUCUUCUCCUCCUCACUGGACUCACAGGAAUUCACAGCAUAACUACAGUCAGUAAAGUGUCAGUGAAUGCUGGAAGCUCAAUUUCCAUCCCAUGUCUUUAUGACUCAAAGUACAUAAACCAUGUGAAAUACUUAUGUAAAGGAUAUUAUUGGUCAUUCUGCUCAUAUUUAGUUAAAACAAGUCAACCAAGUAGUUCAGGACAGUUUUUAAUCUCUGAUGACAAAAGCCGAAGAAUCUUCACAGUAACUAUAAAAGAUCUGACACAUGAGAACGCUGGUUAUUAUUGGUGUGCUGUGGAGAUUAAUAAAGGGGACGAUGUCAAUAAGUAUAUUUACCUGUCUGUCACCAGAGGUAUACCCAGUCUCUAUGUGAAGUAUCAGAAGUUAACAGGAUUUAAUGGAGAUAAUAUAAGCAUCAAUUGUUCCUAUACUAACACUGGAGAAACGAAGUGGUGCAGGCUGGGCAGCUCCUGUGUGACGAAGUCGUCUGGAUCAAUAGAGGGAACAAAUGUGACCAUCAGUGAAGGGGCCCCCAGUGUUUUUAAUGUGACUAUGAGUGGACUGAGGACAGAGAGCAGCGGCUGGUAUUGGUGUGCCAAAGGAGACUUACAGAUGCCAGUGCAUGUAAAUGUUACAGAGAGACCUACCACUACCACCCUUGCAACAACAAGCCAUUUAACAACCUUAUCACUCACUCCUGAGCCUGUCAGUGCUUUCGUUGAUCUAAAGCACUUCAUCAUCCCUUUGAGUUUGCUGAUCUUCAUUGUAAUGGUGACCUUGCUCAUCUGGUUUAUGGUUAAAAGACACAAACAGACCAGAGCAGAUAUAUCCGCUACAACAACGGCUAAAGAGGAAGUGACGUACAGUACUGUGAAGAAAAAGAAAAAAACUUCAAGCCAGGCUGAAGAGGAAGUAACAAACAGCAAUGUUAGGCAUAUGGGAAAAACUUCAGACGAGAGGUUAGAUGCUAAGAGUGAUGUGGAUGUGAUGUACAGCUCUGUGGUUAUUGUACGACAACAAAUUCCAAAAAUGGUUGAAGCAAAAGAUGAGGAUUUAACACAUAGCAGAGUGGCUCAGCAUCAGCAAAAUCUGUAAAUGUUACCCCUACAUCUUAUCCAUCCGUCUAUCACUGGACUCUUUUAGAUGACACUGCUGCAAUGUGUCAUCUGUUCUUUGGUUUUAAAGUAACUUAUUUAUUUAAAUUUUACUUAUCUUUUUUUUAUUUAAAAGGGUUUACAUAGGGUCUAAUAAGGUUUACAGAUUGAAGUGUCAUUGGCAAGACCCCAAAUUACUGCCGAUACUGCCAAUUGGUGUUUGAAUGUGCAUGAAUGUUUAUCUGAUGAGCAGGUGGCACCUUGUAUGAAAGCCUCAGCCACCAGUGUAUGAAUGUGUAUGUGAAUGGUACCGGUUGUGUGUAAACCGCUUUGAGUAGUCGUUAAGAUUAGAAAAGCGCUAUAUAAUGCAGCUCAAUUACAUAAGGAGAGUGAUAUGGAAGGAAUAUGAAGUUAUGUGGUUAAAGCAACAGACAAAGGGGAAAUAUUAAGAUACCUUAACCCAGAAGUUCAGUAUUUUCUGCAGACCAUUUUGUUGGUGUCUCACCAAGUCAAAAUAGUGCCCUUUAAUUGUCACUUAUUUUUUCUUCCAAACUGGCAUCCUUUUUGCUUGCUUGCAUAAAUGAUUUGCUCUUCCUUCCUCAUUUUAAUUUUAACAAUUUUUACAACAGGGCUUUGACAAGUCUUUAGGCGUAUAUCCAAUAGCCUACUACAUGUAUACUUGGGUUUACUGCUCUCACUUAUUAGGCAUAAAUUCACAAUAAGAUCCUGAUUUUCCUCUCAUUUUCCUACCUAUUUUCAGGAUGUUUAUAAAAUCAUACUGUAUAGCCUAUUAGCCACGUGUUUUAGGUUUGCUUUUUCUGUAAAUACCAUAUAGGCUCUUUUCAUUAAAAAAAAAAAAUGAUAUUGCAUGUUUGGUGAAUAAGUUGUUUGGUGAAUAAGUCAUUGAAAGUCAUUAAAAGUCAUGUAACUGAAUAAAGAUAAAUUUGCAUCGA